CCCGUCUCCUUGAUGUUGUCGUGCGUGGUGGGCAGCUUGGCGUCUCCCCGGAGAGAGGACGCCUCUUCCCGCAUCCACCUGAGCAAGCCCUCGGGGGUCUUCCGGCCGAUUUUCACCUCUAUGUCUUUCAGAUCUGGGCUGGUCUCGCUGGCAGUGCCCUCAUCCAUCGUGUUCGUGCGUCGUAAAGCGAAAAAUCCGCAAGAUUACGUCCUUUUCGUUUCUUGGAAAUUGUUGCCUGUCAAGCUGCGAGAGUCACUUCCUAUAGGAUUGUAUGGCAUCCUAUGCGACUCCAGCUGAGUUGAGACUGCGCCAGGAGAGAAAAACAACCUGACAGCAUCAACACAACAACGUGUGCUUAUCCCAGCAGAAUAAUGCUAAGAACGGUAGCUAGAGCCCGAUCUCCGGAGACCAGUGUCCGGUGUGUGAGCGCUGCAGGCCGGUGAUGUGUCUGUUGGAGAUCUCUACGCUGAGCUACAUUGCGCAGAUUCCACCUGCAUGAUGACAGCGACCAGCAGCCGCAGAGUGGAAGAGAGGAGGAGAUCCCAGACUGUCAGAACAGCUGCAAUUACAUUAUACAGCUUCCGCAGGUGGAGGAGCAGGAGGCCAUGGAGGCAGACAGCACAGAGGACAUUGAAUCUCUCAUGGAGGACAUGGACUACAUCCCUGGCCACUUCCACCUGGACCUCAACCUCAACUGUAAUCCUGCUGGGCCUGUGAAGCUGAGACUCAGGGACACUUAUCUAAAGCAAGAGAGCCUGCGAGGUGAGCUUGAAGCAGAAGCUGGAUAUCUACAGUACGCAGUCCGAAAUCUGCUGGGUCUGCUGGCUUUUCACCUGGAUCACUUGGACACAGCUGAGGAAAUAUUCAGAAGCAUUUGUAAAGAAGACCCUGGUAACCUCAAUGCUUGGGCCAACCUGGGCUACGUGUACGACAAACUGGGGAGAGAGCUGGAUGCAGGCGAGUGUGUAGAGAAAGUGUCCAGCCUUAUGGGGUUAGACUCUGGAGAGGCCUCUCAGGAGGAGACCCGGAUCCUGGCGGCUCGCUGCCUGGUUGAGCAGGCUUAUGUUUAUCCAUACGAUGUUGAGCUGGACAAUGAGGACGACUUGAGGGACAGACUGACAGCAGCACUGACACUGUACAACAGAGCCCUGGACUAUGGGGAUCAGCUGAUACCAAUGGAGGAAAAACGAAGCUGGUAUUUUAAAAUGGCAACCAUCUAUAUAAGACUGGACGACAUAGUGAAGACCAAAGAGGACUCUGAAUACUCCAGACUGUCCCACUACAAUAAGGGACUGAAGCUUCUCAAAGAAACACUAGAAUCUGAGAAAACGCUACAUAAAGCUCUUGCCUGGUGUUACAUUGGCAUCAUGUUAGAAAGAAAGGAAGAGUUCACCACUGUUCCCAUGUCCAUACAUGACUGUGGCUACUCCGCCUCUGAUCCUCUGUCCUGCUACGGAACCGCCAUAAACUUGGCCAGUGAUGAUGCAUACACCUUGAACCUUCUGGCGAAGGUCUUCUUUCUGCUGGGAAAACAUGAGAUGGCCACAGGGAUCUGCAACAUGGCCCUAAACGUGCUCCCAGACCCAGAGCUCAACUGGCAGGCCUACUGCACCCGUGCCAAGAUCAAUAUGAUGCUGUAUGUCAGGGAUCUAGAGAUGGCAAAACAUGGCCGUGGGGGAAUCCCAGACCGACAAAAACUUACUGAGACCAGGAAAGACUUGGACAAGGUCCUGACUGUACGUCCCUGUCUGCGGACUCACCUGGAAAUGGCACAGGUGCACUACUACAUGGGCGUUGAUGCACUGCAGGAGAGUCUUUUGGUGGAUGAAAGUGCAGUGAACAGUGCAUUGGUGAGUCUGUCCCAUGCCCUUCAGUUUGAGCUGAGUGACAGCCUGCCGGACCUCCAUGUGCUCAGAGGACGCUGCCUCCUGCUGAAGGGCGAGGAGCAAAACGCUGCAGACUGCUUCAAACAGGCCAUGGAGUUAGAGAGGGCGGGCAGCACAGAUAGCACAGCCCUGCGCUGCCUCCUACAGGCCCUCCUCACUCUGUUCGUGCAGGGCCCUGACCCCAGCCUGGCCAUCACCCAGCUGGAGCUGUGGGUGCGGAAAGCAGAGGAGAGGUACCCUGGGGACAUUGUGAAGUCUGAGCUGAGGUGCCUUUACAGGAGUCACCCAGCAGAGGUCACAGAGUUAUCCAGGGCUCUGAUCAGAACAGGCAGACUGGACUUAGUGAGGAGGCUACUGGAAACAGUUGUGCCUAAACAACUGGUUAAGAAGAGACCAAUUUUUAAAUCUUUGUCCUAUACAUGA